AUGGAAAAGAAUGCAUGCGUCGGCAGGUCAAAUUUGAACUGCUUGGCUGGAGGCUAUCCAGAUCCGAAUAACUGUGCUGUAUGUCGGUGUCCUGAAGGACUAGGCGGACCUGAUUGUGGUCGGUUACAACCAAGUGCAUGUGGCGGUGAACUACAUGCAUCGGAUCAAUGGCAAACAUUGAACAGUCCACCAGGAAAAGAUAUUGUUUGUUACUGGAGGAUAUCAGUCCCCGAAGGUACAAAAGUACGUUUUCGUCUCUCCGAUGGAGAGUUCCCUUGUUCGUAUGGAUGCCAAUCUUAUGUAGAAAUCAAGCAUAAGCUCGACAUUCGAUUGACUGGAUUCCGGAGGUAGGU